AUGUUGGGUGGAUGUCGCCGCAGUUCAGGUCGGGGACGCGCUCGUGCAACGCGCGGGUCUGGUACGACCAAGCAAACAGAAGUUGGGGGGAGAUAUGAGGGAAGUCUGCAAUUCGAGACGUCGAAUAUUGGCGAGACGCGCUCUGGCCGUGUUGAGACGAGGUCAAUCAAACGGAAGCACUUGGGCAGAAAACGGUCCGGGUUUCAGCGUGGGGGAGACGCGACAUCGUGCCUUGAGGCCUGA